AUGACGUCCUCGCAUUUCCUAGACCCCAAACUGAUGAAAAACUACGAUGAGCUGACCGCUCACAACCCCCAUUCCAGCGACCCACGAUUUCUGCAGAUGAAUCAGUUUAACCACUGCGCGUAUAGAUACACCAUGUUCUGUCGAUGUGCACGUGAACUGGGGGAAGACAACCCCCGCUGCAAAUUUCAGUAUUACCGAGCCCAAAUUGCCUGCACAGCGGAGCAGCUGGAGGACUGGAAUGACCACAGAGAGAAAGGAACGUGUGUGAUGGAUGUGCUUCCCGACCGGCUUACCGCUCACCUGAGGCAGUGA